AUGGAGCAGUCCAGCGGAAAUGAGAACUCUGGACCGGCAAACACCACACCCAACACCUCCGUCCCUACUACCUCUACCCAACCUGAUCCGGAUGCUGCUGCACCAGAGACACAAGAGUCUCAUAUUCAAAAUCCCACUCCCGCCAAUGCUCAAACCCCGACCACAACCACCAACGCACAAGUUGACUGGAGGGUCUACCACAUCCCGUCUCCCACAGCCUCAUACGACGCCGACGACGACUACGGACUAGGCGCAGAUAUGGACAACGCUGCGAUGCUCGGGGAGGUUGAGGAGGAGCCCGCUGAGCAGGAGAUGUCCCCGACCCGCGAGACCACCACUCCGUCACGCAGAUCUACGGGGAGGACGCAGCCGCGCUGGACCCCAGAGGAGGAGUGCGAGGUCCUCGCCGCUUUCAUCUCCUGCCAGGCCCAAAUCCGCGCGCGUACGGGUCAGCAAGGCCGAAGCUGGUAUCCGCUCAUCCAGGAGGAGCUCCUGCUGCAAAAUCCGGCGUGGCGCCACGACAUCUCCGCUCUUAAAGCCAAGUACAAUCGCAUGAAGGAGCAGUGGCGCCGCAUCAACGAUCGCAUCAAGCGCUCGGGGGCGGGACGCGCCACUAGUCUGCCUCCUUGGUUCCACCUCGGCGACGCUUUAUGGGGUGAGCGCCCAAGUACCAUCCCCCCCGUACUUGCUGGCACGGGCGUCAAUCGAGCCACAAGUUCCAGGUCUGCGACGGCAACGCCACCUCCCGCCAACGCCCGUCGUCGGCCAUCUACAACGAAUGCGACGUCCCCGUCGCAUACACCGAAUGCCGCCUCGAACACGGACAGUCCGGCUCCCAGCAUCGCGCUACCACCGCCUUCCCCGCCACUCCCACAUCCCAUACCCUCCAACCCCCCGAUGGCUAUUGAGACCACGCCGACUGGAGUGGUGGCGCCCACAUCUCCAACUCCCAAUCCCCCGCCCGCGUCACCUGCAUCUUCCCCUGCUCGAGACAAUGCAACCCGCCGCGGGAAUGUGUCCCCUCUAUCGCCAGACACCAUCCCGUCGGCGUCUCCUACUGCCGCCGCGACGGAAUCAGAGCCCGUCCCGGUGUAG